AUGCUUCACCCUUCACCCAGCGUCACCGACCCAAACCUUGCCGCCAGCGUCACCGACCCAACCCUUGCCGCCAGUAUAACCGGUCCAAGCCCUACUGCCAGGAUCACCAGCCCAAGCCUUGCCGCCAGCAUCACCGGCCCAACCCCUACUGCCAGCAUAAAGAGCCCAACCCCUACUGCCAGCAUCACAAGCCCAACCCCUACUGCCAGCAUCACCAGCCCAAGCCUUGCCGCCAGCAUCACCGGCCCAACCCCUACUGCCAGCAUCACCAGCCCAAGCCUUGCCGCCAGCAUCACCGGCCCAACCCCUACUGCCAGCAUAAAGAGCCCAACCCCUACUGCCAGCAUCACCGGCCCAACCCCUACUGCCAGCAUCACCGGCCCAACCCCUACUGCCAGCAUCGCCGGCCCAACCCCUACUGCCAGCAUCACCGGCCCAACCCCUACUGCCAGCAUCACCAGCCCAACCCCUACUGCCAGCAUCAAGAGCCCAACCCCUACUGCCAGCAUCACCGGCCCAACCCCUACUGCCAGCAUCACCAGCCCAACCCCUACUGCCAGCAUCACCGGCCCAACCCCUACUGCCAGCAUCACCAACCCAACCCCUACUGCCAGCAUCACCAGCCCAACCCCUACUGCCAGCAUCACCAGCCCAACCCCUACUGCCAGCAUCACCGGCCCAACCCCUACUGCCAGCAUCACCAACCCAACCCCUACUGCCAGCAUCACCAGCCCAACCCCUACUGCCAGCAUCACCAGCCCAACCCCUACUGCCAGCAUCACCGGCCCAACCCCUAUUGCCAGCAUUGAAUUUCGCAGUAGUUUCGCUCCACAUUGUUCGUCACCAUUGUGA